AGAAAAUGGCAUUGAAAGGUGUAAAAGUUGUCGAAAUGAUGGGACUUGCCCCUGGUCCGGUAUGUGGUAGUUUAUUGGCGGACUUUGGAGCAAACGUAACUGUGGUGCAAAAGAUCAGUCCAACUCCAUUUGAUGUAAUGUCUAACGGAAAGAGAAUGUUAUCGGUGAAUCUAAAAACCCAAGAAGGAGUCAAUGUAGUGAAAAAGCUGUGCUCGACAUCCGAUGUACUUUUGGAUACAUUUCGACCAGGCGUUAUGGAAAAGCUGGGGUUAGGUCCGGAAAUUCUUAUGAAAGAAAAUCCUAAACUCGUCUACGCCCGAUUAACAGGAUACGGUCAAAAUGGAUUCUACAAAAAUAAAGCUGGUCACGAUAUCAAUUAUGUUGCCAUGUCUGGUAUACUUUCAUUACUUAGCAGAAAUAAACAACCCCCAACACCACCUUUAAAUCUUCUAAGUGAUUUUGCUGGAGGUGGUGUACUUUGUGCUCUAGGUAUAGUAUUAGCUUUGUUUGAACGAACGAAAUCGAACAGAGGGCAGAUUAUAGACACUAGUAUGACAGAAGGAGCUGCAUACGUUGGUAAGUGGCUAUUUAAAUCAAGAGAGUUGCCAAUUUGGUCGGGAGAACCGGGUACGAAUGUUCUUGAUGGGGGAUUUGCAUGUUACCAGACAUACAAAACUAAAGAUGGAAAGUUUAUGGCAGUAGGAGCCCUCGAACCACAAUUCUAUUCAGAGUUGUUGAAAGGGUUACAAUUGUCUGAAGAAGAAUAUAUUCAAGGUGACAAUAACGAAUACUGUAAGGAAAAAUUCCAAGAAGUAUUUCUGACGAAGACCCAAGAAGAAUGGUGUAAGAUAUUUGAACAAUUUGAUGCAUGUGUCACUCCAGUAAUAGAUAUAGAAGAAGUAGAUAAACAUAAAUUUCGGGCAUCUGACACAUCUUUUCAUCGCGAUGAAAAUGAUAAGAUUGUACCGGAACCGGUUCCCAAAUUAUCUCGUACUCCAGGGAUAUCUAGUGGUUGUAAGCCUUUACCAGUGCCUGGACAACAUACUAUUGCCAUAUUAUAUGAGUUAGGAUAUACUAAGGUCGAAAUCGAAAAACUUAUCGAAAAUAACCAUGUUUAUGCAAUUAGAAAAUCGAAUUUAUAA